GUAUCGUUGUUGGUGAAGGAAACAGUUCUUAACGAACAUUCGGUGCUGACAGUUGAUUUACGAUUGUUAUGCUCAUUACGAAAGGCACACUCAUAUAACUUAUAAAUAUAUUGGAAAUAUAUUUUGGAAAUAAAGGAACGUUUUAUUAUUAUUAAAUUAAUUCGAGUUAUUUAAUUUCAAGUAUCAGUCGUACAGUUGUCGAAAGCAACAUGUAUACUUUGUUGUUAAUAGGCAUACUGUUUCAAACAUGUUCAGGUUUUACCGGUCGUGGAUUGGUUUAUCCUGGACAGACCGAUUUCUUUGAAUUAUCUAUCAUACAUUUGAAUGAUUUUCAUGCGAGAUUUCAGCAAACCAAUCCAACUUCCGGUAUUUGCCAUCCAGGACAGGAAAAGGAUUGCGUUGGUGGAAUUGCAAGAGUGUAUACUGCUGUCAAUCAAUUGAAAAAUGAACGACCAAAUGCUAUUUUUUUAAAUGCUGGCGACCAUUAUCAAGGUACUUUGUGGUACAAUGUUCAUCGAUGGAAUGUCACGGCUACAUUUAUGAAUAUGUUGCCUCACGACGCUUUGACGCUUGGGAAUCAUGAUUUCGAUGAUAAAAUGGCUGGCAUAGUACCUUUUCUUAAAGCUAUGAAAGCACCUGUUGUUGUAACCAACAUCGAUGACAGCGAAGAACCUUCUAUUCAAGGUCUUUAUCAAAAUAGUACGAUCAUCGAAAGAGGAGGUAAAAAGCUCGGAAUAAUCGGUGUCAUUUUAUCGACUACGAACACCAUAUCGAACACAGAAAAAUUGAGAUUUUUGGACGAAGUAGAUUCCGUUAACGAGGAAGCCCAAAAACUCAAGAAUCAAGGAGUGGAUAUUAUCAUUGCUUUGACUCAUUGUGGUUUAGACAUAGAUAGAAUAAUGGCUGCCAAUUGUCCACUUCUCGACGUUAUUGUUGGAGGACAUUCGCAUACUUUUUUAUACUCUGGGAAACCACCAUUCAUCGAUUUACCCGUGGAUGAUUAUCCUGUGAUAGUAACGCAAAAAAAAACUAAUAGAACGGUGCUUAUCGUACAAGCAGCUGCUUUUACAAAAUAUCUCGGCAAUUUGACAGUGUGGUUUGACGAGCAAGGAGAAGUUGCAGACUGGGAAGGGAAUCCAAUUCUCUUGGAUUAUACUAUCGAAGAAGAUCCGGAUAUCUUAAAAGCAUUGGUACCUUGGCAAAAGGAUGUCGAUGCACUUGCAUGGAAACAAGUUGGCAAAACUAAAGUUUUCCUUGAUUCUAAAUGUAGAGGGAAACAGUGCAACUUGGGUAACUUCAUAACAGACGCUAUGGUCGAUGCGUACGUAGAUAUGGCAGAGAACAAAACAUAUUGGACUUAUGCAGCAAUAUCAUGCACCAAUACAGGCGGAAUUCGUGCCUCUAUCACAGAUUUUGCUGUAGAUAUUACUUACGGUGAUUUAUUGAUGGUUCAACCUUUUGAAAAUACCUGGGACACUGUCGAGAUAACUGGCAGCUCUAUCAAAUACUUGCUGGAACAUGAAAGAAUAUUGGUUUGGUCCGGACUCAAAGUAAUUUAUAAUAUGACGAAAAAUGCACCCAGUAGAUUGGUCGAUGUUAAAAUUAGAUGCCGUGCUUGCGAAGUACCAAGAUACGAGGAUGUUGCUGACGACGAAUGGUACAGACUUGUAGUCCCAUCUUUUCUUUAUAAUGGCGGAGAUAAUAUUAAAAUUUUUAAAGAAAUGGGUCGAAACCAUAAAGUUGGUUCGUAUGAUAUUGAUCUUUUUGAAAAAUACGUACAUAAAAUGAGUCCCAUUAUGGCAGAAACGGAUAAUCGUGUUAAUUUUCUUUACGUGCACGACGAACAUAAUGUAUACAUAUCGUGAAUGAUUAGAUUUUAUAAAUUGUGUAAAUAAAAAUCAUCAUAAACUUA